GUAUGAGUCAGUCAGUCUCCAGCCACCCUGAGGAGAGGCAGUCGUGUGAAGCUUGAUGAAGAGCAGCUGCAUGGCUCAGCCAUUCGGUCUGAGAAAGUACAACAAGUCAUUCAACAAGUCCCACAACUACAACAAGACCCAUAACAACAGGAAGACCCACAACUACAGGAAGAGCAGCAACAGGAAAACCCACAACAGGAAUACUCACAACAAGUAUACUCACAGCUACAAAAAGGUCCACAACUACAGUGAAUUCCACAAAUGUGUCAAUGAGACCCACUCAUGAACCAGCAUCACCCAGAGUCUCCACCUUGACUCCUACAACACCAGUACAUAUGGAAACUUACAAACCAGAUUGGAAUAACUCUGUGAUAUCCUCGAAUGACUCUUGGAAUAAUUACACUGAAUCAAUCCCUUCACUGAAUCCACCAGUGAAAAUGACUAAGGACAUGCCUCUUGGCUACGUCAUUGCUGCCUUCAUGGUGAUGCUGUAUGUGGGUGCCCUGGCUCUCAUGCGUUAGUAGCACCUGUGGAACCUUGGUGAAGACAAUGUCUUGGUGAAGACAAUUCAAUACCGUCCUUUCCCUACACCAUGAGUACCAGUGGUCCUCUGAGGGAACUUCUGCCUGAGAUUGGAAAGACAACAAGUUUUGACAGCACAAUCAACCUUUAUAGCUCCAGGAUUAUUUUCUGUGUCUAUUUCUCCAGCAGUGGUGGAGAGGGUGACAUCCAGUAUCAUCCUAUUUCUUACCUCAGCAUUGACUCAGGCUCUCCACUCACUGCAGCACAUUUGCUCAAACAUGAACAUUUUAGAAUGCUGUUUAGAAUGCUGUGUGUCCUUUAUGUCAAUAAAGUCAUUGUUAAUACA